AUGGCGUCUUUUCUAUCAUCAUCGUUCUAUCAUGCACACACCGCCCAUUUACUUGUCUGUGAUAAUAUCAAAGAGAUUAUAUGCCUGGGGGUCUUAUUUGGGGUAUUGAAUGCCUCCGUGGCGUCUGAAUUCGGCAUGGGUGCCUCUUUGCCUUUCCACCAGAUACUUUUAUCGUUACCUCAAAUGUUUCUCUGGUCAUGGAGCAAUCUGUUUCUUUUCACUCUUCAUAAUCAGCGCUCUGAGUCUGCCAUCUCAGAGGACAAGAUCAACAAGUCCUGGAGACCUCUUCCAGCAGGCCGGAUAACUCCCCAUCAAGUCAAGCUUCUUUUAUAUUGCAUGUAUCCCGUCAUAUUUGCAAUUGCAGGCACCACGGGGGGUGCUGGGCCGUGUCUUCUGGAGGCAUUUUCCUGCCUGUGGUACAACGAAUGGAACGGCGCGUCAAAUCCACUACUGAAGAACUUGCUUAAUGGUAUUGGAUUCGCGUGCUUCUUUUCCGGCCCACUGGAAGUUGCAACAAAGAGCUCAGUUCUUUCGGGUGAUAUGAAAGCGUUCAAGUGGCUCCUUGUUCUCACUGGAGCAAUUACGACGACUUCUCACGCCCAGGACUUUCGGGACAUUGAUGGAGAUAGAAUCACCGGUCGAAGCACAGUGCCCUUGUUAAUCGGAGAUGAAAAUGCGAGGUCUGCCCUGGCAGUGGGAAUUAUAGGCUGGACAGCGUUGUCCUGUUGGUUUUGGGAUGUUGGCUCGGCUGAGCGCUCAUGGCUUUCCUGCAUCCCCGCGUGCGUUGCGGGCACCAUUGUGGUUCGGGGGUUUUACUGGAACAAAACUCGUGCAGGUGAUCGAAGGGCUUGGAAGAUUUACCCACUUUGGCUCAUUGGACUUUUCGUUAUGCCUCUGCGUAUUCGCUAA